GAGAACCCACGAUAAUGGACUUUGAUCCCCAGCAAUAACAAAACAAACCUGUGAGCGAGGUGAUAGUUAAGUUUGUCACUUUUCAAAGCUACAAGAAGCAUGUUUAAUGUGGCAAAAUCACAGAGGUGCUGGAGAAAAUAUGGACAUGUAUUGAAGAUUGCUCCUUCAAUAUCUUCAUUCUCAACAUCUUCAAGGCACAAAAAUGAUUCUGAAUAUUUGCAAAAUAGUCUCGUUCCCACAAUGCAUUUUCAAAAAAGUUUACCUCGACUUGCCAUCCCAAAACUUGAAGACACAUCACAGCGAUAUCUCAUGGCACAGAAACCUUUAUUGACACCAGAUCAGUACAAUAAAACAAAAACGAUUACAGAUAACUUUUUAGGAUACGAGGGACGAGCAUUGCACGCAGAAUUGGUUGAACAAGACAAAUCUAUGAGGCAUACUAGUUAUAUAUCAGCACCGUGGUUUGAUAUGUAUUUGAAAUAUCGAGAUUCUAUUGUGCUGAAUCAUAACCCCUUUAUAUUGACAACAGAUGAUCCGAAUACAACUGAUCAGAUCACCAGAGCAACUAAAUUGAUUCAUGCUGCUCUUCGUUUCAAGAAAAGUUUGGAUGCUGGUAACUUAGAACCUGAUGUUUACCAUUUGAAUCCAAAGAAAAGUGAUACACAGUUAUUUCGAAGAUUGGCCAGAAUGACUCCCAGCUCGUUAUCAUGGUAUAUGGCGUAUUUAUUCAAAGCAUUUCCAUUGGAUAUGUCGCAAUAUGAACAUUUAUUCAACUCAACACGAAUUCCGAAGCAAGAAAAAGAUGAGUUAAAGAAAGUCGAAGGGGGUCGAGAAAUUCUUGUGAUUAGAAAUGGAAAUAUUUUCUUGUUUGAUGCAAUCAAAAAAGAUGGCAGCCUUGUUUCGAGAGAUGAUAUUCACGCCAAUCUUUCCGCCAUUUUGAAAGCUAGCAACAACAAAGUUGAACAUCCUUUAGCCAUCUUGACAGCAGAAAAACGUAAUACGUGGGCUCAGCUUCGACAGCACCUUGAAACUGAUCCGAAAAAUGCCGAGUUGAUUCACCGAUUAGAUUCGGCUUUGUUUAUGGUUGGACUCGAUGAUCGCGACUGUUUAGAUGAAUAUGACGCUACCGAAAUGUUUUUGUACGGUGACGGCAGCAGCAGAUGGUUCGACAAAUCUUUUCACAUGGCAAUCUCAAAGAACGCCAAGAUGGCGAUCAACUUCGAACAUGCGUGGGGAGAUGGAGUAGCAGUCGUUCGAUUUCUUAACGAAACAGUUCAAGCUUCCUCAUCAGAUACCUACACUCCCAAUGAAAACGCUGAUGCUUUGCUGACGGUGCAGAAAUUGGAUUUUGACUUAGAUAAUAAAAUGAAAACUGCGAUUGAAAAAUCACAAGAAGAGUUCAAUCAACGAGUUAAAACACUAACAAUAAAUGCAAUCAGGAUGGAAGAAUAUGGAAAGAAUUACUUGAAAACCAAAAAACUUAGUCCUGACGCUGUCAUGCAGUUAGCUUUUCAAAUUGCAUAUUAUCGCCAGCACGGUAAGCAUGCAGCUACAUAUGAAAGUUGUUCAACGGCUGCGUUUAAACAUGGACGAACUGAAACUUUGCGACCAUGCACGGUUGCUACUGUUGCUUGUGCUGAGGCGUUUGAACCCAACCAUUCCGCAAGCGUGGAAGAAAUGCAGGCGUUGCUUAGCAACACAUCAAAAAUGCAUGGUCAGUUAACGAAAGAAGCGGCUAUGGGUCAAGGUUUUGAUCGCCAUCUGUUUGCGUUGAAAUAUUUAGCUGAGAAGUCUGGUAAAGAAGUCGAAUUUUUUGCUGACGAAGCAUAUAAAAAUAUAAACCAUAUUAUCAUUUCAACAAGCACUGUUUUUUCGCCUCACAUUCAAAUGGGCGGAUUUGCACCUGUUGUUCCAAAUGGGCUAGGUGUGGGCUACAUGGUGCAUGAUGAAUGGCUGGGUUGUAACACUAGCACAUAUACAGACAGUCCCAAUGGUUCAGAGUUUGUCUCGCUUGUUCAACAGAGUCUAUCAGAUAUUAAAAAGGUUUUAGACGGCAAAAAUUUCAAAUAUUAAUACCCGAGAAUUCACGGUAAUUUUUUUACGAUGGCUGUAAUUUUAAUGAAAAGUAGAUUUAAUUUUUUUUUUUUUUUAAAUUUCUACAAAUUCGCCCCUUUCCCUUCACCCAGAAAUUUUGCAAACAAAAAGCAUGUUCGGACGAAAUUUCGCGGAUUUUUUCUUGCGAAAUUUUUUGCACUUAAGUAUUGCACAAUGCCAACUGCCUUAAAGAACGGCAUGCUAAAAUAAUUUUUUUCGCGUUUUAAAGUUUGUUUAUUCUUCAAAAGAAAUGACGCUCAUCUGAUUUGGACGUAAAAUAAAUAUUUUUGUAUACUUGAUGUGUGCAGCGUGUAGAUAUAUGUUUAAAGAAAUAUCAUUUUCCACUGAA